AUGUUCAACACAAGCACCACCACCGCAGCCGAUCAUGGUGGUCAGCUGCUCGCGAUGUUCGCGAAUGCGGUGAGCAGGCUGACCCAGAAGAAGCAGGCGCAGGGCGAGCUGACCAGUGGCGAGCAGGGCUUGCUCGAGGCAAACACGCACCUCCUACGCCGGAGGGUGCUCCAGCUGCACGGCCUGCCAUUCCUGCCAUUCCAGCAGCUGCCCACUACUACCACAUCGGGUAGCCACCACACAAUUGUGCCUCUUAAGAAGAGGCCGAUGCUCAAGCAGACAGCCAACGUGGACUCGGCAGCAUCCCUGCAGCAACCAUGUCCUUCGGCUGGCGGGGUGCCGCCGAGGCGACGAACCAAGCGCAUGUUCGACAGGGCGUGUCAGCACUGCGGGACCCGCUUCACCAGCCAAUGGCGCACCGGUCCCACCGGUCCCUCCACAUUGUGCAACGCUUGCGGCAUUAGAUACGCUCGGCAGGUCAAGCUCGACCGAGCGCGGCUGACCCAGGCAGCCUCACCGUCUCGAGCACCACCAACGGUGGCGGGUGAUGAGUCACCCGUGACCGCGGCGUCGCCCCCGCAAUCGUCGCCCCCGCCCCGAGCAAGCGUUCACUUCCUUCUCAACUGA